AUGAAUACUGAGAGGAGACGACAGAAUACUGAGAUGAGACAACAGGAUAAUGAGAGGAGACGACAGGAUACUGAGAGGAGACGACAGGAUACACAGGGGGUCCCUCCCACGAUGAAUGAGGGUGUUGCUGUCGAUGCUGGAGCCGAUGCUGCUGCGGAUGUUGCUCCGGCUGCUACUGCGGUUGCUGCUAGAUCGAAGGCACCGAUUCGAGGUUUAGAUUGUACGGCUAAAGAAAUGAAUACUGAGAGGAGACGACAGAAUACUGAGAUGAGACAACAGGAUGAUGAGAGGAGACAACAGGAUACUGAGAGGAGACGACAGGAUACACAGGGGGUCCCUCCCACGAUGAAUGAGGGUGUUGCUGUCGAUGCUAGUGCCGAUGCUGCUGCGGAUGUUGCUGCGGUUGCUGCUGUAUCCUGUCGUCUCCUCUCAGCACCGAUUCCAGGUUUUGAUUGUACGGCUGAAGAAACGAAUAAUGAGAGGAGACGACAGGAUACUGAGAGGAGACGACAGGAUACACAGGGGGUCCCUCCCACGAUGAAUGAGGGUGUUGCUGUCGAUGCUGGAGCCGAUGCUGCUGCGGAUGUUGCUGCGGCUGCUACUGCGGUUGCUACUAGAUCGAAGGCACCGAUUCGAGGUUUGGAUUGUACGACUGAAGAAAUGAAUAUUGAGAGGAGACGACAGAAUACUGAGAUAAGACAACAGGAUAAUGAGAGGAGACAACAAGAUACUGAGAGGAGACGACAGGAUACACAGGGGGUCCCUCCCACGAUGAAUGAGGGUGUUGCUGUUGAUGCUGGUGCCGAUGCUGCUGCGGAUGUCGCUGCGGCUGCUGCUGCGGUUGCUGCUAGAUCGAAGGCACCGAUUCGAGGUUUGGAUUGUACGGCUGAAGAAAUGAAUACUGAGAGGAGACAACAGGAUACACAGGGGGUCCCUCCCACGAUGAAUGAAGGUGUUGCUGCCGAUGCUGGUGCCGAUGCUGCUGCGGCUGCUGCUACGGUUGCUGCUAGAUCGAAGGCACCGAUUCGAGGUUUGGAUUGUACGACUGAAGAAAUGAAUAUUGAGAGGAGACGACAGAAUACUGAGAUAAGACAACAGGAUAAUGAGAGGAGACAACAAGAUACUGAGAGGAGACGACAGGAUACACAGGGGGUCCCUCCCACGAUGAAUGAGGGUGUUUCUGUCGAUGCUGGUGCCGAUGCUGCUGCGGAUGUCGCUGCGGCUGCUGCUGCGGUUGCUGCUGUAUCCUGUCGUCUCCUCUCAGUAUCUUGUCGUCUCCUCUCAAGAUCGAAGGCACCGAUUCGAGGUUUGGAUUGUACGGCUGAAGAAAUGAAUACUGAGAGGAGACAACAGGAUACACAGGGGGUCCCUCCCACGAUGAAUGAAGGUGUUGCUGCCGAUGCUGGUGCCGAUGCUGCUGCGGCUGCUGCUACGGUUGCUGCUGUAUCCUGUCGUCUCCUCUCAUUAUUCAUUUCUUCAGCCGUAUAA